AUGGACGUAAUUCAUAUAAGAAAGAACAUUGAUAACGCUAUUUCUGAUCCAGUAGUACGAAAUGAAGCUCGUCGUUAUUCUAUUCGUACACGUCUUGCUUUUUUACCUGAUGAAUAUAUUGGUGAAUCAUGGUUUUUUCGUUUAUUAACGUUGGUUUAUUAUUAUUUCUUUGUUUAUUUUCAUGGAUUUGAAAUUGAAGGAAUUGACAAAAUAGAUCCCAAUGAUGGUUGUCUUUUUUUUGCUCGUCAUUCCACACAUAAUGGUGAAAUAUUGGGAACUAUUUUUAGAUCUUUAAUGCAUCGAUGUUUAACACCAUUUUUUCCAGUUUUACGAUUAAUGGGUGCUGUACCAGGUGAACCAAAAAGUGCAUUAUCAUUAUUAAAAAGUGGAUUUUGGGUAGGUGUUAUGCCAGGUGGAGCAGAUGAAGGUAUGAUUGGUCAUGAAAAUGCAUAUAAAGUAUGUUGGCCUAAAACACGAAAAGGUUUUGCUCAUAUUGCUAUUGAUGCGCAAGUACCGAUUGUUCCUCUAUUUAUAUCGAAUAUUGAAGAAAUGCGUUGGAAUCCAAUACUUUGGUUCUGGAAUCUUUUAGGACUUGGUCGUUUAUUUUCUUAUAUACUUCAAUUACAUAUUCCAUAUAUUAGUCCAAUUUUACUUCUAUUAGCUUCAACUGUAUGGUUUCUAGCAACAUUUAUUCAAAUUCCAAUACCAGCUAAAAUAAUUUUACAUGUUGGUGAUCCUGUGCAAUAUGAUAUGUCAAAGGAUUCGAUUGAUGAUGUUGUUGAACGAGCUAAAAUUGAUUUACAAUCAUUGAUUAAUCGUCAUCAACCACAUGGAAUAUCCUAUUCAAAUGCUGUUAAAGAAAGAUUUCAAUGUUUAAUAAAACAAUGGAAAAAACAUUGA